AUGGCUGAGCAGCAAAUCCCAACCUUCAAGCUCGUCCUUGUCGGUGACGGUGGUACUGGAAAGACCACCUUCGUCAAGCGUCACCUUACUGGUGAAUUCGAAAAGAAAUACAUCGCUACUCUCGGUGUAGAGGUUCACCCUAUCGGUUUCACCACUAACCUGGGCGCGAUCCAGUUCGACGUGUGGGAUACCGCUGGUCAGGAGAAGUUCGGUGGUCUGAGAGAUGGAUACUAUAUCAACGGACAGUGCGGUAUCAUCAUGUUCGAUGUUACCUCCCGUAUCACCUACAAGAACGUUCCCAACUGGCACCGUGACCUCGUCCGCGUCUGCGAGAACAUCCCCAUCGUCCUCACCGGUAACAAGGUCGAUGUCAAGGAGCGUAAGGUGAAGGCCAAGACCAUCACCUUCCACCGCAAGAAGAACCUCCAAUACUACGACAUCUCCGCCAAGUCCAACUACAACUUCGAGAAGCCCUUCCUGUGGCUCGCCAGGAAAUUGGUUGGCAAUGCCACUCUGGACUUCGUUGCUGCUCCCGCCCUUGCGCCUCCUGAGGUGCAGGUCGAUACUGAACUCGUUGCAACAUACGAGGCAGAGAUGCAAGCGGCUGCCGCUCAGCCUCUCCCCGAUGAGGAGGACCACGACCUCUAG